CUAAAGAAAUAAUCAUAGCUGUUCGAACUAAAUUCGUCAGGUCAUUUGUCAGACAGCUAGGUUGUGCAUACGAAAUUCGGUGCUUAUACGCCUACUUGGUUUUGAGAUGAUAUUAUUUAUUCAUAUCAUUUUCCGUAGUUUAUUUCUGUGUCAUUUCGCGAUGUUUGAUGCUAUACCAGUAAAAACCUAAUAUCAAUAGAAUUCCUUCCGAAAAAAUUCCUGAAUCUGUUUAUUUGCAAUUUUCAAUCUUUGAAAUAAAUUCCAGAUACUUUUUGUCAAAUUAAGAGGUGUAAUUAUUGAAUAAUGCCGGAGAAGGAUAGACGUAAAUCUGGGGUCCACAAACAGCGUAGAAAACAGUCGGACGAUGUCACAAUACUGAAUGGAAAAACAUUGCUUCGGUCAGCUAAGAAAUUAAGUCCUGCAAAAGUUGUUACUCCACCGAUCGCAAGUAGGCUGAGAAGCGCCAAUCGACGGUUCAAAGUACCAGAUAUAAAAGAAGAAUUAACAACUAUUCAGCCUAAACAAAAAACAGGAAAGCCCAUUGCACUUGAAAGUCGACCCAUAACGAAUGGUGUACACCUUAAAGACGUGGUAGAUUGUGACAUGCAAGAAGCACUAAAUCACAGCUCACUCAAUGGUUUUUCCCAAAAUAGUAGCGGAAACAGCGAAACAACUAAAGCUCCUAGUGUAGAACCAGUACGCAGUUCUCGUUUUUGUACAGUUAUGUAGGCCGAACAAACUGUUGUUUUUGCUUUAUUUUAAUAUGUAAACAAUUUCAAUGUUCCUUACUUCUUAUUUAUAAUUUUCUACUUUCAUUUCCUAAUAAAAAUUAAUAUUUCUGUAUGGAAGUUCUCUAUGAUAUGUAAAUAAAAGAGAACUGUAUUUUUC